CUGUCACAGACAACUUGAUUUCAGUUCUCUCUCUCUAAACCUCUUCCUUUUCUUCUCCAUCAUCAUGAUGCAAAUCGGAGCAACACUUCCCGCACACAAUCUCCAAGUAUUUCAGGUGAGGCGGGCCGUGUUCGAAUGCUCGGGCUCACCUCUCAACCCCCACAAACGGGCCCCGGCCCGAAACUCGCCGGAGAAUUUAUCCACCGACAUGACGAGGAAGCAUCUAUCCAACCUCGAAAGACUGCUGCAGAAGCAGUCCCACCCGAAUCCGCCGCCCGGCCCGGAGGCCGAACCCGAACCCGAACCCGAAACCCGGACCAGAGGCAUCCUGGAAGGCCUGACCCUCUGGCCCGAGAUGAAGGCCGCGGAGGAGAUGUCGCCCCGACACCUCAACCGCCUGCAGCGCCUCUUAUCCAAAUCCGCCGAGUACUCCCCCCGCAACAGCCUCGGCUGCCGCUGGCGCGACUACCACGGCGCCAACGACUGGGCCGGCAUGCUCGACCCGCUCGACGAGAACCUCCGCCGCGAGGUGGUCCGGUCGGGCGAGUUCAUCCAGGCGGCCUACCACGGCUUCCACUCGAAGCCCGCCACAUCGCCCGAGGAGGUCCAGUGGCCACGCCACGUGGCCCUCCCGGACCGGUCCUACAGAAUGACGCGGAGCCUCUAUGCUACCGCGUCAGUGGGCCUCCCCAAGUGGGUGGACCACGUAGCCCCGGACCUCGGGUGGAUGACCCAGAGGUCCAGCUGGGUGGGCUACGUGGCCGUUUGCGACGACCGCAGGGAGAUCCAACGGAUGGGGAGGAGGGACAUCGUCAUCGCGCUACGUGGCACCGCCACGUGCCUCGAGUGGGCCGAGAACGUCAGAGAUGUCCUCGUUCCCGUCGCCGACGACGACGAGAACGGGGACACGCCAGCCAAAGUGGAAUUGGGAUUUCAAAGCUUGUUAAAAACGCGUGGGGAGCACGUGCCCAGUUUGGCGGAAUCCGUCGUUGAAGAGAUCAAAAGGCUAAUGGAAAAAUACAAAGGUGAAACCCUAAGCAUAACCAUAACGGGGCACAGCCUCGGCGCGGCGCUCGCCCUGCUCGUGGCCGACGAGCUGAGCACGUGCGCCCCCGACGUGCCCCCGAUCGCCGUGUUCUCGUUCGGCGGGCCCCGCGUGGGGAACCGCGGUUUCGCCAACCGGCUCAGCUCAAACAAGGUGAAAGUCCUCCGCAUUGUGAAUUCCCAAGAUUUGGUGACUCGGGUGCCGGGCAUGUUCGUGAACGAGGAUCUCGACAACAAGCUGCGGGCGACGGGGGCCGGGGGGAGGCUCCUCGACGCCCUCGUGCCGUGGUCGUAUGCGCACGUGGGGACGGAGCUGAGAGUGGAUACGAAGAUGUCGCCGUUUCUGAGACCCGACGCGGAUGUGGCGUGCUGCCAUGAUUUGGAGGCGUAUCUGCAUCUGGUUGAUGGGUUUUUGGCAUCGAAUUGCCCGUUUCGGUCGAAUGCGAAGAGGAGUUUGUGGAAACUGUUGAAUGAGCAAAGAUCCAACGUCAAAAGAUUGUACACGAGCAAGGCUAAGGCAUUGAACUUGAGCAAUGUCAAGAGUAGUGGAAUGGCUAUGUCUAAUUGUUUGCCAAGUCCAUCAUGAUUAAAUUAUUAUGGUGGAAUGGAUACCUGCUUGUAAAUUUUAAAUAACAAGCUUUAUAAAUAGUUGACUUGAAAUUGCAUAUA